AUGGCCGGCGUUCAGAAGGCUCGCGCUGCGAACGACUCGACAGACAAUGCCGCUUCACGCCGGCUCGACGGCGGCCGAACAACCCUCGUCGGGAUUCAGGCCUUGGAGAACCAGGUUCAACAGUUGCUGGGAGGCGGCGGCUUACUCACGGAUAGGAGCGCCAGCAGCAGCGACCGCAUUACUCCUGAUGCUGGUCUCUCCGUCAGAAGUCGACCGUGCACACCUCUCCUUCCAAGCCCAUCGCAAGACCCAGGCGGCGCGGCCGGGCACUCAGAAAAGCCAUCAACUGCGAUCACCACGCCGGUAGCACCUCCGGCGGACGUCGAUCCCAUCGCAAGGCAGAUGCUGUCCGCAGAGAGCGCCGAGACCCUCCUAGAACGGUUCAAGACCGCACUCACACCUCACUUUCCUUUUGUCAUUGUACCGCCUCAUGUCUCGUUGGAGGCGAUGCGACAGGAAAAGCCAUUUCUCCUACUGUCAAUCCUCGCUGCGGCAUCAUACGAGGAUGUUGCUCUUCAGCGACGGCUCGGGCGGCAAGUUCAGCAUUGCAUCGCUGGGAAGCUGAUUUACGGCGACACAAUCUCUCUCGAGGCACUUCAAGGACUCUUGCUGGCUAUUGGCAUCAUAGUCGAUUUGCGACUCGAUCGAAAGCCUGACUCUCGGCCCUGGAAGACCCGCAUCGACCUCACCAAGGUCACUGAGCCCAAAGAGUUUCUGAAUCUCGACGAACAGAGAGCGGUAGCUGGCUGCUUCUAUUUGUGCUCGACUGUGUCCACAUUGCUUCAAAAGCUGUCUAACGAUCUCUUCCUUCGCAAAGGGUCGCUCCACAUUGAAGAGUGUUGCCAGUCGCUACAGCAACAGAAACAAUAUCCGACAAAUCUCGUGGAGAAGGCCGACGCAUCGAAUUUGACUAGCUGCCCGACCUCCAGGUCUGCACAUGUGGCUCAGCUGCGUGUUCGACUUGAAACGAUCAAAGACUCCUUGCCAUUCACCUUGACGGAGUCUCCGAUGUUGAUGACUCACUGGAACACGGCGAUGGUGUAUCUCUGCCACACGGAUGUGUGCACCGAGUCUGCUCUCAACGCUCUGCCCACGGGAGAGACGUGGCCACACUGGCGGGUCGAAGCACUUGGUACAGGACUCAUCGCUGCCAAGUCGACACUUUCUUUCUUCUUGUCACUACCCCUUGGGUGUGAGAUGUACUUCAACAAUUCGGAAUGGAUUCAGCUCGGAUUCGUCAUGACAUACUCCGCCCGACUGGCAACUCUAUCAAGUCAGACCUCCAUUCACCAAGAAACGCUUCACCUGCGCCGGUUUUUGGGCAUGUCUGACAUGCUCAAAGAUGUUGCAAGCCGCUUGAGAUCGCUCAGUUCAUCAAGAAUGGACGAUGACGGUGACAGUGAUGUUUUCAACCACUAUCAGCAGCGCGUGGAGCGAUUGCAGGCUUGGUUUGACACGCAGUCAGAUCGAGUACCUGCGGUUACCGUGCAACCUAGCCCUUUGGCCGCUCACACAGCGACUUUCGGCAACGGCAGAGAUAACCUGCACUAUCAAGAGUGUAUCGGCAACGAACCGCUGCCAUGGAACGCGGGACAUGAACCAAGAUCUCGAGAGAUGCCAGCGAUAUCCAUGGCCGACAGAUGGCAAACGCACCGUCCGUUGGAUCUGAGCAUGGGUGAAGAUUGGUUUCCACCUGGCCCUAUGGACUUGGCGAACUUCGGGCAGUACUUCGCCUUUGACUCAGACACCAUGUGA